AUGAUCCACGACUAUUUCCAUCCCCUAUCCACUGACAUCUUCCUCACAGCUUUCAUGAGGUGUGGAACCACUUGGCUUAGAGCUCUCAUGUUCGCCACCGCCAACCGCCACCUUUACAAGUUUUCCGACCACCCUAUUCACCACACAGGACCCCACGCUAUUUUCCCGUCCCUGGAUUCUAAAAUUCUUCUGGAAUAUCCGGUAUCUACGUUCGACCGUCUCCCUUCUCCUCGACUGUUCGCCACACACUUUGCUCAUAGCUUGUUUCCGAUCUCGAUGACAUCACCAUUGUCGGCAUGCAAGUUUGUGUACGUGUGUAGAGACCCUAAAGACGUGCUAAUUUCAAAGUGGCACUUCAUGUGCAAAAUCCGGUCCGAGGAACUUACACCCAUUUCGUUUAAUGAAGCUUACGAGCUUUUCUGCAAUGGAGUCUCGGAGUUCGGACCUUAUUGGGACCAUGUGUUGGAGUACUGGAAAGCAAGCCAGGAAUCACCUGAGAAGGUCCUGUUCUUAAAGUAUGAGGAUAUCAAGAGGGAACCGUCAGUGGAGCUCAAGAAGUUGGCGGCGUUCAUGGGAAUGCCCUUCACGGCGGAGGAGGAGAAGGGAGGAGUGGUGGAAGAGAUUGUGAAGCUGUGUAGCUUUGAGAAUUUGAGUAAUCUUGAAGUGCAUAAGGAGGGUGGGGGUGUUCAGACGUUUACACAGCUGGUGGUGGAGUAUAAGAAUUAUUUUAGGAAAGGAACGGUGGGAGAUUGGAAAAAUUACUUGACAGAGGAGAUGAGAGAGCGGAUUGAUUCAAUCACUGAAGCCAAGUUUAAGGGUUCGGGGUUGACGCUGGGUCUUGGUCUCUAA